UCCGGAAAAUAAGCAUCCAUUCUCUAGCUCUAGUACCAGUUGCUGCAAUUCCAAUGGAGGCGGAACACUGCAAAGGCAGCCCUCCUCGCCUCGCCUCUCGGAAAAAGUGCACAUAAGCUGCAGCGAAGUAUAAUUCGGAGACAUCACGCAGGUGUCUGUUUAUGUCGAGUUGAUGAUGAUAAUGAUGAUGUGUGUUGUGUAUAGGGAAAAUCCUACUACCUACUAAUACUAUCAGGGAAAGAAAAGUGGCGUCAGCGGUUCCGGUGCUGGAAAACCGAAAAGGAAAAAACCGCCUGUGGGUAUGCAACAGAGCGUUUGCCGUCCUCGCCGACAAGCGUGAUGACAACAACUGUUCUGGUGCCUUUUCACCUGCCGGCUGCUUGACAGGUGGUGCUGUAGAGCUCUCGAUUCGGAACGGUUUCCUUCCCCCUAGGCAGCGAUGAAUCAACUGUUGGUGGGGUUUGCUGCGGCUACUACUACGACUACUACAGCCAUACUACAUUGGCGAUCCUGCCAACAACAGGCGGAUUACGAGCAGUCGUGAAAGACAACCACCCUUAGUGUAGUUACGUGUCCUUUCCUCUUCCUUCGACCUAACCUCAAUCUAGGAAGAUUUUGAUAGGUGGGGGCGACCUAACAGCGAAACACACUCGCUGAAACCUCGUUUUAGCGAUAUAUAAUAGUGCGCGACUUGCCCCUGCUCCGUCUCAGGUGAUUUGCGUGUCUCACACCGAAAGUGAAGAAGGAAAAAUUGCCCCUGCUAAGUGUAUACAGUGGUGAGUGAGUUCUGGGGUGGUUUGUUGUGUUUUUUUCUACAAUUCUGGGCUGGUGAGUGGCACUAGGUUCUGGUUAAGUGAUUUAGGCGAGACUACCUACUCUACUUCGCGCAAAAGUGCCGGGUGUAACAACGAGAAAAAUAGUCCCUUGUCUUUUGGGCGCCCGAAAGUAUACUACCACCUCGUCGUCCGAGCAACAAGAGCAACAUGGCAGAUCCUUCGACCAGCGGAAGUGGCAAACGUUCUCGACUGAAUCUAGAGUCCAAAUGUUCCUCGCUGCGGAAACACCUGAGCAAAUCGGCCUCCGAACUGAGCUGUAACGACUGCGGCGGAUCAACGAACGGAGUAGACUCGCCACAAUCAUCGCCGCAGCGAGCCCGAAGUGCGGUGAACCCGAGUACGAACCUGCCCGGAGUGCUACAGCGAACGCACGGUUUUCUGAACACCCUUAGGAAUCGUUGGUCCCGAGGUCGAAGCAAAGAACGGUUACGAGGGUCCUGCGGUCAGGAUCUGGAACGGCGGGACAGCCAGAGUGACUACGCGGCAGACAAUAGUUCGGAGCACAGUAGUUCGGCGACACCUCAGACGCAGUCGCCACGGCAUCGAGCGCUCACCAUAGGCGAUUCACCGUUGGCCCGACCCACCGAACUGCGGAAUGCCUCGAUGAGCUCCGAGGGCGGAACGCUGUUGAAGUUGACCUCGGCAACGACGACGACCAGGGUCGAUGUCGAACCGGGAGGCAGCAGUAGUAUAGGGAGUGCGAUCAUCGCCGCGGGAGUAGCGAAGCUUGGGGAUGCUGCCAUCGGUGCCAGUGGUGGGGGUGGAAGUCCUUUGGCGGGGCCAAGUAUUGCCUUGCCGGUGGAUGACGUUCAGAGGCGGAGGGAGACACAGUUGAGGUCACACUCGUUUUUUCAGCUGCGGAUACAUCUCAUCAGUGGGCACAACCUGGUGGCCAUGGACAAAAGUGGAACCAGUGAUCCUUACGUUAAGUUUAAGGUGGGCGGUAGGCUGCUGUUCAAAUCCCGAACCGUUCACAAGGACCUAAAUCCGGUGUGGGACGAAACGUUUGUGGUCCCUGUGGAGGACCCAUUUCAGCCAAUCAAUAUCAAAGUGUUCGACUACGAUUGGGGCCUGCAGGAUGACUUUAUGGGCUCCGCCAAAUUACUUCUCAGCUCCCUGGAACUGAACCGGGCCGAAGAACUGAUGAUCAAACUGGAGGACGCACAACGGGCCGGCAAGGAUCUGGGCGAAAUCAAACUGAACGUGACGCUGUGGCCAAAGACGCAAGAAGACAAGGAACAAUACUUUCAGCGGAAUCCGAAGCUGGCCGAUGCCUCCCGAAGGCUGAAAUCGCAGAUCUGGAGCUCGGUCGUGACGAUAGUGCUGAUCGAGGCCAAGGGUCUACCUCCGGAUGCCGAGAAUGGUCUCAACGAUGUUUACGUGAGGUUUAGGUUAGGAAACGAGAAGUACAAAAGUAAAAACUCGUACCGAGCACGAUGGUUGGAGCAGUUCGAUCUGCACCUCUUCGACGAGGAUCAAAUGUUAGAACUGGUGGUCUGUGGGAAGUACAAUACCUAUGGCAAAUGCACAAUCGAUCUACGAAGUCUUCCAAGAGAGCGGACGCACGGAAUGUGGCAUCCACUAGAGGAAUGUACGGGUGAAGUGCACCUGAUGCUAACUAUAAGUGGAACGACGGCGUCCGAGACUAUCACGGAUCUGACCUCUUACCGGGAAGACCCAAAGGAAAAGGCGACGCUCAGGUCGCGAUAUGUGUGGCACCGAUCCAUGCAGAACAUGCGCGACGUCGGCCAUCUCACCGUGAAAGUGUUCGGAGCCACCGGUCUGGCGGCCGCAGAUAUCGGAGGCAAGUCAGACCCAUUCGUAGUGCUAGAGCUAAUCAACGCUAGAUUGCAAACCCAAACCGAGUAUAAAACGUUAACACCCAAUUGGAACAAAAUCUUCACUUUCAAUGUAAAGGAUAUGUCCUCGGUUCUGGAGAUAACCGUUUUCGACGAGGAUCGGGACCACAAGGUGGAGUUUCUGGGCCGGGUAUCGAUUCCGCUGCUCCGGAUACACAACGGCGAGAAGCGAUGGUACGCCCUGAAGGACAAGAAGCUGUACUCGAGGGCCAAGGGGACGCAACCGCAGAUCCUCUUGGAAAUGACUGUGGUCUGGAGCACCAUUCGGGCCGCUCUCCGGGUCCUGGAACCCAAAGAGGAGAAACUGGUCCAACAGGAAGCCAAAUUCAAGCGGCAGCUAUUCCUCCGCAACGUAACAAGACUGAAAGCCGUCAUCAUGUACUUCAUCGAUAUGGGACAAUUUGUUCAGAGUUGCUUCGAGUGGGAAUCACCGAUCCGGUCCUUCAUCGCUCUGGUACUGUGGAUAUGCGGCUGCAUAUGGUUUGAUAUCUCCACAAUUCCGGCAGCAGCGCUCCUCUAUCUGUUGAAAAAUUGGCUGAUACGAUGGCUUACCGGAUCGUCUUCUCCUUCGACUGCCGACGAGUAUGAUAUUGCCAGUGACGAUGAGGAUGAUGAUGAUAAGGACAAGGAAGAGAAGAAAACUAUCAAGGAAAGACUGCAAGCAAUCCAGGAGGUUUCCCAAACUGUACAGAACACGAUAGGCUUUCUAGCGUCGUUGGGUGAAAGUGUAAAAAAUACCUUCAACUUCUCGGUUCCGGAGCUGAGCUGGUUGACGGCUCUGUUACUACUGCUGGCCGCUUUGGUUCUCCAUUACGUUCCCAUGAGGGUAUUGCUAUUGCUCUGGGGUCUGGUUAAGUUUAGCCGAAGGCUGAUACGACCGCACAGUGUGCCCAAUAAUGAGGUGCUUGAUCUGCUUUCCCGGGUGCCAGACGAUGAGGAAAUUAUCAUGUGGCGAGAACUGCCCCUUCAUACGACCCCGGAACCUGCUCGAAGGGAUCCUCGGAAGAAGCACAAAACUUCGUAAUGCCACCAAACAACCCUAAGGCGGUACUUUAGGGACAACCUGCGGAAGGUUCUAAAUAUCAGCAAAAAGGACAACUAACAAAAACAAUCCUAGUCUAGUUCAUUCAUAUACUUACUUACUGAUAUACAUACUUACGUAAGGUUAUCGGUUUUGCUCUUCUCUCUUAGAUAUUUGAUAUAGUCGAAACGUUGUUACGGAAAGAAUCAACUUCCCUUCUUCCAUUUUUUCUCGUAAUAUUAAAACAGAAAAAAAAACCAAACACGCACUUAACGAAAACUUAUAUACUAGCGGUUAGGGUCGAGAAAAAACUAAAGCUUUUUAAGGAAGGAAUCAUUAUCGAACUCUUUACUUACAUAGUCUUUAUAAGUGGGGAAAGCGGAAAGUUAGAUGUUAUUUCUAAACCUAUCGGAUUGUUGGGCCUUUCUUUUUUGCUUGUUGUUUACCUCUUUGAAACAUCACAUAAAACAGAAAAUCGAUUCUAGCAAACACUUACCAAACUUAUAGAGGUCUACUUACAUUUAGAAAAAGUAUGUAACGAAAAGUGGGGAUACGUUUUCUCUUUUCUCAGCUAACGAUCUACAAAACAUUAAAACAAUCCUAGUCUCUCCAAACUUUUACAACUUCAAGCUUACGAAGCAAGAGCAAAAUCUAAUACUGCUCUUUAGGUUACUUUACUCUUAGACUAUUCAAAUAAGGGAACUGGUAGGAAAAAAGGGAAAAGACAUUAACAAGCAAACUUUUUGAGUUUCUUAUCUUGCCAAAAUCCAAGGGCAAUGAACCAUUUUGUAGCUAGGAGUACUUGUCAAUUUUUGUCCACGACAAAUUUCUUCGUCACAUUCAAAGUCACAUUACCCUCAUUGAAGCUUACUUGUUGUCGUUUAAAAGUGUGAAAUAUUUGCUAACGUUUUUAUUCAAGUGUUAAGUUUUUUUUAUCUUCCAAUUGGAAAAAAGAGCUUCAAACAUUGUUCUACUGCAAACAAAUUUUGUCUAGUUUUCCGUCGCACAUUUUAUGAAGCAAACACUAAACUAAACUGAAGUAACCGAAAUCGAAAGCAAGCCAGUGAUAUUGUACAAUGUAGAUAAGAACUGUUGAAAACAUAAAUGAGUAACUUCGCUUGAAAAAUUCUGUUGUCUUCUCUGAGCGAAUCUGAGAAAAGGAUCUAGUCCGCAAAGCUUCUAUCGCCUGGAAGGAAAAUCACAUUUUCCCCCGAAAUUCCGUCCAGAAGCACGCCAAACUAAAGAGAAAAAAAAAUAAAGAAAAAACGCCAUCUUCACAUCGCAUCAUCGCACUAAAAUGAAUGAUUCCUAUUAUGCGAAAACGAAUAAUUAGAGGAAGAAAAAAUAUUACGAAUUAUAGGAAAACUCAUUCGCUCACAAAUUUGUAAAUAGCUAAAAUACCAAAAGGAGGAACUCUCAUACGCAAACUAUCAGUAUUCAUUAUCGACACGCAUCGAAUCGUUCACAAUCAAAUUUACGAAUCACACACACACAAAUACAAACAUCUUUCUUGAGCAAAGGAAAAACUACACAUAAGAGCAAGCAACUGAAAAAAACGUUUCUAUUUUUUAUAUAUAUUCACAUCUUCUUGUUGUUAUCUAUAUUGAUUCCAAUUUAUUCCUCGUUCUUUCAUGUGAUCAGCAAUUAUCAAAUUAAGAGAAGAAAAACGAAACGGAAGGAGGAAACAAACUGAAAUGUGAUUCGAGCGCAAAACGUUUGGUGAAAAUGACGAAACCAACAAACGUAAGCCAAUCGAGCGACUCGACCCAGAUUGUAGGAUUGUAUUUUGAUUAGUCAUAUUAUUAAAAAUAUAUUUAAUAUUUUUCCCCAAUGUCAAAUUAAUUGAAAAGAAUAAAAAAAGACGACAAAACUAAACAAAUGGAAACACGCGCAUACAUAUUGUUAUGAUCGACGAGUAUUGCUAUUGGAUCCACCGUUUUAGAAAAACAAGACGAAAGAGAUUAAAAAAACAAGAAAAACAAAACUAUUUCAAUCAUAUGCACCAUUAGUUGGCCUUAAUCGAGACACGCAUUCCCAUACACCAAAUCCCUUGAAGAAAAAUUAUAUUUGAAGAAACAACCUUUGGAAAAAAUGUAGAUAAAUGCUUUUGCCCAAAUUAGAAUUGGAUGAAUUGAAGUCUUUUUUAUACAAAAUACAGACACAUUAAUUUUCGCGAUUCCGCUUAUCCAAUUGCUAUGUGACUGAUUUUAGAGCGUAGGUUAGGAAUUUCAGCAUCUCCAAAAAAAACAAAAAAUAACUUCUGUUUGUUGUUGAAUUCAUUAGGCAAAUAUUUUAUGCUUUGCAUCACGUUAGAACAACAGUAUUAGUGAGAAGUGAUUUGCUCCCAUUCGUUGAUGAAAUGAUGAAUGAAACAGAGUCAGAUCAGAAAUCGAAUGAAGGGAAAACGCAUUGUAUGAACUUUUGCCAGCUUCCGUAAGGAGUGUUGAUUGAAGAUAAAGGAUGAGGUCAACAGGGCAACCACACAUGCAGCAGAGUACACUUCAGAUUACUAUUACUUCUUCAACACGCACUUUUUGUUGAACUAUCGUUGUAGAAACCAACACGGAGCUCGGUGGCAAGUAUAAUAGCCAGUACGUAUUGACGGACAAUCAUAAGGUCACACAGGAUGGAUUUAUUUACCAAAUUCGUGGUCUCGUAGGUAGAAAUAUGAUGAAAGAAGGAAUUGUGAAAGCUUCUAGUGGGGGUUUUCACAAUUCGUUUGUUCGUUUCACAAAGCUUCUUCUGAUUGAAAUUUGUAGGACUGUUUGGCCUGUUAGAGAUCUUCCUACCUAAUGAAGCAGAAUAGGGUUAAGGUUGUUGACCCCAUAAUCGAGUCAAACACCAUUCAAGUUAAUGUCAGCCGUGUCAAUGAGGUUCGCCGUAGAGUCGCACAAGCUCGUUGCUCAUCCUUCGUCUGUGCGUCGUAGCGGACAGCCGGUCUAAUGAGCGUCAUUUACAGGUUACACUUCGUGCGAGGGCUAAGUCUUCUCGACCGCAGUUGCUUGUGGGAUCUACACUGAUGACUUCCACUGAUCAUUCGUCGCCGGAUCUCACGGCUGGUGUUAUUGUUGGCGGUCACCAGUGAGCCGAGAUAGACAAAAUCUUCGACUGUUAUUUCCAGCCUGUCACCGUCGAUCGUGACUUUGUUAUUACUGGACAAGCGGACUGUUGGUUUUGGAUAAGUAAGCCAGCAUAAACUCCGUCUUGGACGUAUCAUCAACCCAAUCCUUCUUGCUUCGCGUUUCAGUUUGCGACAGAUCUUCUCCACCGCUGCAGAUGAUCGCCGACUAUAUCAAUAUCAUCGGCAAAGCAGAUAAGUUGACUGGAUCUGUUGAAAAUCGUGCCCGCAUUUCUCCCACCGCUCGUCGAAUAACACCUUCUAGCGCCACGUUGAACAUCAUGCAGGAUAGACCAUCACCUUGUCGAAGCCCCCUGCGCGAUGCGAAUGAACUCGACAAUUCACCCGAGAUCCGCACACAGCACUGCGUUCCAUCCAUCGCCGCCUUGAUCAGUCUGGUCAGCUUCACGGAAAAGCUUUUCUCGUCCAUGGUUUUCCAUAGCUCGUCACAGUCUAUCGUGUCAUAUGCGGCUUUAAAGUCGAUGAAUAGAUGGUGCUGCGAAGGGAUUUAGUGUUCUCGGCAUUUUUGCGGUAUUUUCCGUAGUCUAAAGUGUUCUUCUUCAACACAUCUUCGGGUCCGUUGCAGCUUCGAGAUUGGUUACCAAAGUCCCAGAAAAAAAUUUCUUUAAAAUUUCAUUUUAUUUAUUUCCAAAUACAAAUGUACUUUAAAAUUUAAAAAAAAAUUACUUUAAAGUCACAAAUUACUUUUCAAUGGAAUAUUCAAUCAAACACAUAUUGUUCUUCGUCUUAUUUAUUGCUAUAGAAUCCGAUUUUGCACGAUCUUUAACCGUUUUUGCUAUUGUCUCCAGUGCCGUCUUCUUUGGGUGACGACUCCUUCUUCUUCCUUGUGUGCCCUUCCUUAUCUGUUUCGUUUGUCGAAUCUCCAAAAGAUCCCUUUGAGAGCUGCCUUUUUAUUUUUUUUUUAGGAUUUUCGACCUCCGUUAUCACCGUUUCGUCUUGCGAUUCACUAGAUGUCUGUUGGACCAUGUUGAGUGUCAACUGUGCUGGUUCCUUUUGUACCGUAGAUUUGAGUUACUGCACUCGGUUCUACAUUGUUAACUGCUGCAAAUUUUUUCCUCGGUUACUCUAUCCGACCUUUUUUUGUGUAUGAUGUUUUUGGUAGGGUUAUUUUUAUUUUGAAUGCACUCAACUUUUAAGUGACCUUCGGAUUUGUAGAGGAAGCACUUUUGCUUUAUGCCGCCAUAAUACAGGAGUCCUUUUCGAUUGAGGAGGAGGAGGAGAGAUGCUGGAAUUUCUUUUCUCAAAUUAAUGUAAACGCCUCGAACACCGGUGAAAAGAGCAAGUUAGAGAUCGGCUGGGAACUUCUCCCUCACAAGUCUUUCGCAUUACCGUACCUUGACAAAACUGAAAUAAUUUCUGUAUCGGAGACCUCUGGAGGUAAAUCGAAGACCCUCACAUAUUUUGAGAUGCCUCCAGCAAUACCCACCUUCAGCUGCACUGUUUCUCUCGUAGAAUACACCUGUGUUCCUCUGGAUCCGGCGACAGCGCGUCUUUAAAAGCUUCCUCCGAUUUAAACCGAGUGUUCUUCUGCUAUUUUAUAAGAUGACUCCAUAGAAGAUUUAUCGGCUUCCAAAUUUUUAACAAAACGGGCCACUUGGUCCAGCUGCUCCAUCAGGGAACAAAACGAGAACGUAUUUUUCACUGUUUCAACGUUUAUUGCGAAGCACGUGGUCGAUCAAAUUCAAGGUAAGGGUACUGGUAUGUUGUAUGUUGGUAAUCCACCAUGGGUGCACGGACGCACCGCAGUUUCUGCCGAAGUAUGUGCUCAUAUGCAUUCUUUAGAUUAUUGAGUUCGACAAAUCUCCAAUGCAGAUCGCCGCCAUACCCGGACCCCAUGGUUUCGUAUGAACUGUUAUGGAGUGAAUGUAGAUCGUGUGUUGAAGUAGGCAUAUUUUGGAAGAACGACUCGUUGACUCAAUCAGGUGGGGUAGUUUACUUACAAGUAUCGCGGCAUCCGUGGCCACCUGGCAACUGGUUGAACAUUCCUAUUAUACAGUCAGUUUAUUGAAUAAAAUACAUCUUACCAAUCGGCUGCUUAUAAGAAUCGAACCCAAAAGUUUAUCUUGCCAAUACCUGGAAUCCAACCCAGUACUCCUGGCAUACCAAUACAAGACUCGCGCCAGCCUGACCACAUCGGCGCUUUUUCAAAUUCAAGGUAAGGGUACUGGUACUCAAAAAAUCGAAGCAAAUUGCUGAAGACAGAUAGUCACUAGAGAUAAGUGUUUUCUCUAUAAAGUUUGAUCAUCAACUGCAAUUAGAGCAGCGUUGCAUUUGUGUCACUGACCCCCCAACAACAACCGUCAGUAGAACGUUGGCCGUUGUUGGUGAGAGACGAAUCGUCGCAAUCUGCAAUCCACCGUACGCCUUUUUAAGUUUCAUAGCUGCUGAUCCGUUUCGUAUGCCAGGUAUGAUGGAAAGUACUUUCUCGAGCUCCUAUAGAUGCGACCUGCGAUAGCGCUCGGACAGUUGUGCCUUCUUUGGCUUCCGCGAUAAUCACCCCUGGACAUCACCCGUUUAUGUUUGGGUUUUUGGGGGUGGUUUUGGCUUUAAGACAACCUUUAUUUUCGCAUUUUUCUUUUAAUUACGAAUUAUUCACCAGCCUCCAGCACUGCUUUCUCUGUCGGCAUUCUCGUAUUUCGAACCCCUCCUUUUUUGGAGGAAUCGUUUACGACGGGGGAGUCGCGAUCUCUUUACGCGGUUCUUCUCGGCUUGGACUCCUUCGAAGGUCCUUGAGAAGCAACCAAUUUUGCUUCCUCCAGCUCCUUAUCUGCACCAGCUCCGUUUUUUCCUUGACGGCACUCUGCAGAAGCACCAUCAACGGCACCCUGAUAUUGAUGUGCGUGUGCACGUUGUUGGUACUUCGCAUAAACUCCUGCAUCUUGUCGACCAUGUCGGUUUAUAACCUAUGGGUGAGUGAGCCAACCCAGCACCGCUGAGAACCCUCCUCAAACGCCUCAGGGCAGGCUUACUGAUAUUCGCUUCAGUUAUUUAAGAAUUUCAAAUCGUUGCCGACGCAACCACAAUAACGACGCUGUUAGCAUUUACUCGCGAACGAAUCAAAACAUGCAACAGAAGAACGCCGUCUUAUAACGUAUUUUUUUCAUCUGGAGGCAAACCAGAGGCAACCUAGGCAACCAGAGGCAAGAGGCAACCUGAGAAGAAAGUCAGUUUUGCGAGAAGUUCACCAAUACUCUCAACGUUGUUGUCAAAACGUUAAACAGCUGUUUUUGGCUGAAAGCAAAACGGUUGAAAUAAUGAACGGGAAAAUGAUUAUUGCUGCGAUUUUGAACCUCUUAGCCAAGCAAAAUCGUACUAUCUGCUGUCCAGUGCAAUCCGGACACGAAAAAAGGCAAUCAGGAUGUGAAGAACCGAGUGAAGAAAUCCAGAAGGGAGAACAAAAUGACACCACACACGCACACCUACGUAUGGAAUAAAAAAAAAAACGCCAUUAGUGAACCAUGAACAAUGAUUUUUUGUUCUGUUUGCGUUCCCUGUUGAUUUUCGUUAGCGAUCGUUAGCAAGUUGAUUCGGCGCGAGUUGAUGACGAAGCUGUUGAUUCAUGCCCAGUCUCAGACCCUCAAGGAAGCAUACUACUAGGUGGACAAUUCUCAUGAUAAAGACUAAGACCCAUAUUCGAUAAACAAUUUACACAACUUGAGAGGAAAAUAAGCCAAUUUUGACAUAGAUUUGGUUUUUGAGCACCUCUUGAGUUUCUAGAAUUAAAUCGUUUUUCUUCAUGAAGCAUUCGUGACGAAGCAUGAUCGUCAGCGAGUCUAGAAGACGUCGAAUGAUUUGACGUCGUCUAUGCGCAAGUUUUUCGUCAAGGGCGAAUGAUGAUUGUUUACUGGUUGUCGAUAGUAACUCAGAAAAUAGCUGAUCAGUAAUGAGCCUAAUGAGGGGAAGAAAAACAAACUACAUUUGAUGCUGAAAAGCGUCGUUUCUAAAGAAAACAGACUUUCUAUGUUAAGGAAUCAAAUCUUUGGAGACUUAGAUCGGGGGAAAAAAUCAUCCGAUCGAAAAUCAGCAACCUUGCCUCAGGGUCGGCAAUAUCCUCGAGAUAGCUCGCGAAAGGAAACACUGACUCUUGAAGAGACGAACUUCCACACUUUAUUGGCAAUAGGACGAAAAAAUACUGUGUCCACCCCCACUUUCGAACAGAUUAUUAUGACGGGCUUUGCAACUCCUACCUCGUUACUGCUGGCCUUACGGACUCCAAGGAUGACGCUUCUUGAUGAGCGACUGGCUGUUUGGUUCUUGAAGGCCAGCUUCUUUGGUGGACUUCAGCACUGCUCUGACUUCCGGUUCCUUCUGCCGGCGUCCAAGCGGUUGAACGGAUCGUUGUCUUCGGCCGCUUGAGGACACUAAGCUUCGGCUAGCAGCCAUGACGGUGCCUUUCGAUAAUAACCGGCCUCAAACUGCACGUGCUCCUCGUCCUCCGAUCAGCAAACUUCAUGCGAAACGAAAAAGAAGUCCUAAGGGCAUUAGGGAAUCUUCCAACGGUACGGGUUCCGGGAGCGGCAGCCACUUCUCACCUGGUCGUAUGAUGAAACUUUUAACGCGGGUUUUAUCCGACUCUGCGGUGCACUAGGUAUCACAGUCAAAAGUCAUGUGUACUGUCUCAACGUUUCUUGUGAAGUUAUCGCUCUAAGUAAAAGCCAUUGCCCCCGGAACCGGACUACGGCCCCAUUCUGGGCUUACGCCCCUUUGCGCCACUUGUGAAGCCCGCCUAUGGCUGCCUAUUCGCCUGUUCAGAUCAGCGCCAUGGUGCUCGUUCGUCGCGCAAUUUCAUGCUCGUUGUGCCGAUGAUGUAUGAUACAGUCCGUCUCCUCUCCACGCAAGCAAUUCCUUCGCACAUUUGAACGACUAACACGAUGGUUCCUAAUGAUCAUGGCCUUCUAACACACGCACUGGUCACAGGCUGCCUCCAAAAGGCCACAUUUUUUUAAGCCCCUUGGUCCAUCUCUUCCUAUGACUGGGACCUGCUUCUCUUGCUGGGAGCUACUGAAGUUUUCAGUGUAUCCAACUGUGGCAGUGGGGUGCGUCCUGGUACCCCACAGGCUACCGUUUGCGACUGACACAUUUGGGUCGUUUUAUCCAAUAAGUUCCGUUAGAACAGUCCGAGUUCGUUGCAUAUUUCUUCAUCCAUAGAGGGUUCCAUCAGUUUCGUUCGCAUAGUCCAUUUCCGUUGCAUGUGUUCGAUUGCAUAAUCCAUUUCCGUUCCAUGCAUAGUAAAUUUUUUUGUGUUGGAAACCGGCCAAAUUUGGCUGGUUUUUGUCCCGCUGGUUUUCAGCAAACUCAUCUGAUUUGCUGGAAAUCAAUUUUUUUUUUCAAAAACUAACAAAAUCAAUUUCAAAAUAAUAAGGAAAUUUGUAAGGUCCAAAAUAGAUUUCAACAAUAAAUUCAAUAUUAAACCCUCACAGUUGUCAUAAAUAGUAGUUUAUUUAAAUUUUUAUAAUAAAAUAAAUUAAUAUCCACCACACUGGGUUGACCGCUUCCUGACAAGUUUUGGUUCAUCUUGCUCCAUCGGAAAUUUAAAAAAAAUCUUAGUUUCUUUGACGAAAUACUUAAGGUCUUCAAAAAAUUUACCUUGAGUCUAAAUUGCUUCUUUGCUAAAAUAUAAAAAAAAGAUAUCAUCACCGUUGCGAACGACAAGCUAACAUACACUUUUUUAACGCGAAACGUGAAAUAAAUUUCUAAAACAAUAAAAAAUUCGAGUCUGACAGAUCAUUUGCUGGUUUCUCAGCAAUACCGAUCAAGUGCUGGAAAAUUGACUCUACCUCAGAGAAGUAUCCGAGUAGUGAGGAAAAAUAGAACUUCUUUACAGUUGACAUCAUAAGCGAAUGAGUCCAACACUGUCGGAGAAUAUACUCGCGAAAGGAUAACUUCGGCGAUAGAAAAUUUGCCCAAGUCGAUAUGGGAUAAAUUCUUCGCAGGAAAUCGUCCGAGUGGUAUUUUGAUAGAUCAGAGCCGUUUAAAGGUUAUGUACACCCCGUAAAAUUCCUUUCUCAACUUAACGAAGUAAUUUCAAUCAUGAACGAUCGAUUGCUUCAAUACUUUUUUCUGAAUCCAUCAAAUCAAAAAACAACGUUUUCAGAAAAGGGCUUGUGAUAUAGCUCAGUUGGCAAGUCUGUUGUCUCCUGAGCCGAUGUCCGUGAGUUCGAGCCCAAGAGUAAACAUCGAACACGGUUGUACCGGAUAGUUUUUCAAUAACGAUCCGCCAACUGUAACGUUAAUAAAGUCGCGAAUGCCAUAAAGAUGGUAAAACGACUAUAAUCGAAACAAAAAAAAAGUUUUCAGAAAAGAUGAAAAAAAAAGAAGAUGAACAGCUUAAAAAAAAUUACUCAGUUUUCUGGAAUUAAUUUAAAAAUUAUUGUUUUUUCGCCCUUUAAAUCGGGAGUCUAAAUCCAGAUUUUUAAUUUAAAAACUUUUGUUUUUAAAUCUAUUGAUAAAUCCUGAUUCUGUAAGUUAGUAAUUCCAGUUCUCAAUCCAACGUUCUGAUAUUGAAUUCUUAUUAUUCUUAUCAAGUUACAAGAUUCUGAAAAUUGUUUGAGAAAUCAAAUACUGAUAUUAGAUUAUUUUCAUAUACCAUCCCGAUGAAUACAUAACAUUUUAAACGUGCAAGACAACUGGAAAUGAGUUCGGUAUAUUGCCUUCAAGUAACCAUUAUGUCUGCAUAGAAGUUAGUUUCUGGUAUCUUCAAAUAAAAAUUGUUAAUACGGAAGAGUCAAUAAACUUAUCAAAAAUGAAAACUCAGAUUAGAUUUUUCAAAUGCAUAAUGGAAUUCGCAAUGUAUUGAUUACCUCUAUUAGACACAACUGUAAGAGUUACAGAUUUUAAAACCUCAAAACAGAUUUAAUUUAGAACCACACUUCAGUAUCUGAAAUCAAAAUCAUGAGCUCAAAUCAAGUUUUGAUACCGUAUCCCGGGGUAAUAUUGACCACUUUUUUCAAUAUAGUUCGAUUAUUUUUUUUUUUUUUUUUGUUAAGGGGAAUGUUGGCAUGUUGAAUAUUUUUAAAACCAGUGCUGGACUUCUAUGAACGUAAACCAUGGGAGCAGAAAUUUAUAAGACCUCUUUAAAUCUGAUUUGAAAAUCGAUUUCGUCUCUGUUCAGAAUUUGAUGCUUUGGGGUGACAUUGAUCAGUCUCUAUUCUGACGGUUUUAACGAGUUUUCUUAAUCAUAAAGGGAAAAAAAACACCUUCAUAAUAUUUAAAAAUGCUAGUUUAUCAAUUUAACCAUGAUUUUUAUCGUUUUAUUUUAAAAAUAUUCAUAAUCGAAAAAAACAUGAUGCUGCAUACAUUUAGGGGCAAAAAUAAUCAUAAUUGCUAAAUAGUUUGAGCUUCAAAAUACAAAUUAAAUUUUAUCUUCACACAUUCCUCCAGGCCCUCCCACUAAUUCCAUUUUCAUUUUUUCUUCAAAAUUAACGAUCUGAUAUCCAUGUGUCAAAUACGGGCUUACUCUUGAAAAAUUAUCUUAUUUUUUAAAUUUCAAAAACUGAUCAUAAAAUGACUAUAAAAAUAGCACUGUAACUGUUCAAAGAAAAAUAGUUGUUCUUUCACAUUAAACAACCCGUUUGCUUCUAAAUGCUUUUUGGUAUCAUCAGGAGAGCUGUUUGUUUGCGAGCCUUGGAAAAAUAGAUAUUUAAAGAUUUUGAAAUUAGAUUUUUUACUAACAGAAAAAAAAUCAAAUACAAACCAAAUUUUGCCUAUUUGAUACACAUUUAAUAGGCUUUCAAACGUAGAAAACAGUUUUCGAAAAUUCAAACUAUAGACUGAGUUAUUGAUGAUAAUGUGGAAAAGUGUUUUGUUGGUCAAAUUUACCCCGGUAAUCAAAGUUACCCCGUUUUACGGUAGACAAAAUACAUUAAAAUUCUAAUUCUCAAUUGAGAAUCCAAGUUAUAAUCAGAUCCAUAGCAAGAAUUGUCAAAUUUUUAAUUCCUUAUCCAAAUAUUAUUUCGACUUUAUAUCUUCAAAACACAAAAAAAAAAAUAUUUCUAUAAAAUGUUUGAAAAGUUCAAAAACAUUAAGCGGAUAAUAUGAUUUUCAUCAAAUAAUUAAAAAAACAGAAAAUUUUCUCAAAUUUUUCAUCUAAAUGUAACAAAAGUUACAUUUGAAAACAUAAAUUCAAAAUGGAGAUUUUCCAAACACAGAAUCAGUUAUCAUUGAAAAAUAGUACAGGAAUCUAAAUGAAAAAAUGUCGAGCUCUCGAAAGUCAGAAAAAUCAUGAAACUGAACUUCAGUUACUGAAGAAACAACACAAGACGAAAAAUCUGAAUGAAUUGAAUCUGGAUGAUGAAGAUGAGAUGAAAAACAUAGAACAUUUCAUGUUCAGAGAAUCACUCAAUGAAAAUUGCAAUCCAACUAUGAUACCGUUUUUAUGAUUAAAAUAAUUUGAAAAUGGUUUAUUGGAGAAUGAUAUGCUGAACUAAGAUAUUUACUUCAGUAGAGGGUUAUUCAAAAACAGAAGUGCCUUCGGUUAAAUCAGUUGAAAUUUUUUUAUUCUAAUUCAAAUUCUAAGACUGAAAUUGGAAUGGAAAUUAUUCAUUAGAAGAACUCAGUAUUGCCGAUUGGUCCAAUUUAAACAGCUAUCAUUUUAUUAGAUUUUUGAUUUUUUUUUCGAGAAAAGGAAAGGAGAAAGGAAAGCUUCAAUAAUGUUGAUUGAAAAGCUAAUAAUAAUUUUUGCAUUCCAGAAUGCUCGGUUUGUUAAUUUUAUUCUCAGCAAAGCUUAAGAAUCCCGAAAAUUACAAUUGAUUUUCACUGAUUUUCUUCAUUUUCUUAAUAUUUUUUUUAGUUUCGAUAAUACUCGGCAUUAACCUGGACAUUGGCCGGAUUAUAUUCUGAAAUGUUUUUUAACCCUCAACUGCAUAUACUAUGAAUCCGUUGAAAAAAAAAAUGUUAACGGAAAUAACUUUAUUGACCUCUAACUAAGCAAUUUUUGCCAAAAAAAGAAAAUUGUUUUUUCAAUAGUUCUAGAUGUUCAAAAAUAACAUGAGAAAUGAGAUAAUUUUUAUAGGUUUGUCCUCGUUGGUUUUUUCACAGUUUUUAAACAUAAUUCAGAUCAUUAAAGAACUCAAACAAUUUCAAUCCAUCAAAAAUUUAAUUAGCUAUUAUAACAUAUUUAAAAAUAAUUUAUCAAAAUUUGGUUUUCUUUAUACUAUUGGAAAUUACUUUGAUUUAGAAAAAUCCUUUUCAGCAGCCGUAAAAGCCGUUACAUCUUCUUCAGAGAUUUUGUGUUGAAAAGUAUGGAAAAAAGCCCAAAAUUUGAAUUAAAAAUUGUUUUAAAUACCUACUAAAAAAAUUAUUCAUAUUCACUUAUAUAAUCCUUUUUUUCAUAUGGAUGAUUAUUACGCAAAAUUUAGGCAUUGUUAUCAAUCGAUCUCCGACUUUCGCUUUCCGAAGCGGAAUCUCGAGAUACCUUGCAUUGUUUCCAAACUUGUUCCUAAUCCUCCUGUCUUUGAAACAGGAAUCCGCAUGCCAUUUCACCAAUGAGCGAAUCACUUCUCACUGAAUCAAUGAAUUAUCACUUCCAUCAGUUAAUAACAAAAACGAGCCAAAGUCUGUAGUCAAAGUGAUCCGAUCAAAUAGCAAAGAAAAAAACCACUCACAUCAUACACGCUGAUAUGCUUAUGAUCGAAGCAUAACAGGAAGUUGAAACCAAACCAGUAGAUAGGAUAUGACAAAACCUGUAGAAAACCUGGUAGAAAGUGAUAAGCAACUACGAAAAUCAUCAACGACCUGUCCUUGGUAAUUCAAAAAGAAAAACUAGUUCAUCUCGAGAAAAAAAAACUCAAUCCAACGAUCGAAACUGUUGACCGAAAUCCAUCAACCCCAUUGGCAAACAUCAAAACGCAACAAGUACCAUCACGAAUCAGGUCAAAAGGUUCGAACUUGGUUGGAUUCGAUCGUUUAUUUUCCGCUUUGAAAAAUCAAAUCUCAAUUGCAAUUCCACCAAAGCCAAUUCCAAACACAGGGCUGUAAUAAAUGCUUUUCCAUUCAAGUCGAGAAAAAUCAUAUUAAAAUAAACUAAGGAAAAAAACAAACCUUGACCAAAACAGACGAAUAAUCAAAACUACGAGUAAGCAAAAACCAAAAUCGAACAUCUUAGAACAAUUCGUCGUUUGUUAUGAUGAGGGAGGGUAGAAAAAGAAAUAAAUAAAUCAAUCCUAAAGUAACAAAAAGCCACUGUUUGUGCCCCCAAACUAACUAUUUCUAUCCCAGGGCACAGAAAGUUAAACACCAGCCGUUAAAAGAGUAGAUAACAUCUAGGAGUAUUGUUGUAGUUCGAGUCGAUUCAGUUUUUUUUUUAUUUCGAAACAGCCAUCGGGAAGAAGUAUGAGCCAUAAAAAAACCCAAAAAGAGACUGUGUUAAUUUGAAACGAAAGUUUGAAAAAAAAAACAAAAACGUUUUCGAAAAUCCACCUAAUUAUACUUAUACACUCUAUUAUGUACGAACGUUUUUCGUUGUCAAGAAUAUCUACAUUCAGCUCCUAGAAUCAACUGACUAGUUAGAAUAGACAGAGAAAACAAAACGAAAAACAUUAAAAGGUGAUUCAUUUUGAAGCUUCAUUAUUUACGAUUUCAUUCCUUGUGAUUUUUUAUAGAAAAGUAAAGAUUCAAGUUCACCAUUUUCCAGUUUUUUCUACAUUUUACACACCAUUUUCAUAUUACACAAUUGACAAACACAUUAUUCAACUCAUUAAAGAAGAGGAAAAAACGAAAGAGUAAGAAAAUCAAGCAGAAAAGCAAAACGAGAAGGAUAUUUUGGACGGGAGUCGAGUGUUUUUCGCAUUGUCAAAGUUACUAUUUCAAAACAGAAAUGAAAUCAAGAUCAGAUGAAGAGAUCGAAACAAAUCACAUUACAAUCGUGUGAUUGAUACACAUUUUUUUUAUUGACCUGGAGAAAGGAGUUUUCGAAUCCAAACACGUCUGUGAAAUAAAAGAAUUGAAAAUUAUCGAAA